AGCGAGCCACUCACACGCGCUCCCUCCACGAUCAUGACAGCAAGGAAGGCCGCGCUUGUCUUCGGCGGCCUGUCCGUGUACGCAACAGCGACCAUUGGGACGUACAUCUACAUGUACGACCCUGACAAAGGCAAUGCAAAGCCUAUCACCGGCGGCGAACGCCAAGCUCGUUUUGACAUGAACUCUGCCAUGUACGAUCAAGAGAUCGACAGGGACGAGACCUUGGUUGGGAUCAAACUCAUGCGUCGCUUCUUGAUCCAAAAUGCAUCAGGAUCUGUCCUGGAAGUGGCGGCGGGCACGGGGCGCAACGUGCCAUACUACGACAAGAACGUGACCGUUCUCUUGACAGAUCUCAGCGCAAACAUGCUUGGGCAAAUCGCGAAUUUGCCAUCGCACAUUCAGACGGCGAUCAUGAGUGCGGAAGAUCUGGAUGUUGCCGACGACAGCUUCGACACGGUCGUCGACACGUUUGCUCUGUGUAGUGUCGACAACCCUGUACAGAUGCUUCAAGAAAUGCAGCGCGUCUGCAAACCAAACGGGAAAAUCUUGCUGCUCGAACAUGGCAAGAGCAAUUAUUCGUGGCUUACCUACGUGCUGGAUAAGUUUGCGUUGAAGCAUGCUGAAAGGUGGGGGUGCUUUUGGAAUCGUGACAUUCUCAAGAUCGUGUCGGACGCUGGGCUCGAGGUGGAAUCGUCAUAUCGCUUUCACUUUGGUACGACGUACUACAUAAUUGCGCGACCAAACAGUUCGUCUAAAGCUACGUAACUUGACGUCGAUUUCUUCAUGGACGUUAGC